CCCAAUCAGGAGUGCGAGCGUCAGCACAUUCCUGGGCUGGCGGCGCCCGCGGAAAUUUGAAAUGGCUGACGGGUUGCUGGCGGCUGGCGAGCUGGGGUCCGAGGCGAUGGGGCCGGGGCCGGAGCGCACGGGCUGGGCGGCCGAGGAGAAAGGUGUGUUUCAAGAUGAAGAUUUGUGCGGUGACCGUGGUGACCGUGAUAAGCCAGGGACCAGUUUACCCAGUUACGUGCUGGAAGGAAGAACGAAUUUCCCAGAAAUAUUCCAGACGAGGCAUCUGUUGUUCUAUGAGCGAUUCAGAGCCUAUCAGGACUACAUUCUAGCUGACUGCAAGGCCUCCGAGGUGAGGGAGUUCACAGCCGAGUUCUUGGAGAAGGUCCUCGAACCAUCUGGAUGGCAGGCGGUCUGGCACACCAACGUGUUCGAGGUGCUGGUUGAGGUCACGGAUGUGGACUUCGCGGCCUUGAAGGCCGUGGUGAGGCUCGCCCGCCCGCACCUGUGCGAGUCCCGAGUGAGCACCUUCACCGUGGAGUGCGUGAGCGAGCUCCUGGAGCUAAAGGGACACCAGCUGCCGCUGCAGGAGCUGUGGGUGGUGUUCGAUGAUUCCGGAGCCUUCGACCAGACGGCGCUGGCCAUCGAGCAUGUCAGGUUUUUCUACCAAAACAUUUGGAGGAGUUGGGAUGAAGAGGAGGAGGACGAGGACGAUUACUUCGUCAGAUGUGUGGAACCUCGACUGAGACUGCACUAUGACAUCCUCGAGGACCGCGUCCCGUCGGGCCUCGUGGUCGACUACCGCAGCCUGCUGUCUCAGUGCGAGGAGAGCUACAGGAAGUUCUCGAACCUGAGGAGCAGUUUGUCGAGCUGCCGCGCGGACACGGAGCAGGAGAACAUCUCCAUGGUGGAGGGGCUGAAGCUGUAUUCCGAGAUCGAGCAGCUGAAACAGAAGCUGAAGCUCAUCGAGAACCCUUUGCUGAGGUACGUGUUUGGUUAUCAGAAGAAUUCCAACAUCCAAGCAAAGGGCGUCCGAGCAAAUGGCCAGAAGGUCACGCACGUGGUCUCCCCCGCCAUGAUGACCGGUCUGCUACAGUCUCUGCUCAGGGACAGGCUGUGUCAGGAGCCUUGCAAGGAAGACACUGAAAUUCAGUUCCACAGUGACCCGCUGUCGGCUGUCAAUGCCUGCUUCGAAGGCGACACUGUCAUUGUCUGUCCUGGCCGCUACAUGGUCCCUGGCGCGUUCUCCAUUGCCGACUCCAUUGAGCUGGAAGGGUACGGCCUGCCCGACGACGUGGUGAUAGAGAACCGUGGCACGGGAGAUACCUUUGUGGACUGCACGGGCGCGGACGUUAAAAUCUCGAGCAUAAAGUUUGUUCAGCACGGCGCCGUGGAAGGGAUCUUGAUCAUCCACCGUGGCAAGACAACGCUGGAAAACUGUGUCCUGCAGUGCGAGACGACCGGGGUCACCGUGCGGACCUCAGCGGAGUUUUUAAUGAAGACCUCGGAUUUAUACGGUGCCAAGGGUGCUGGCAUAGAAAUCUAUCCUGGGAGUAAGUGCACCCUGAGUGACAACGGGAUCCACCACUGCAAGGAAGGGAUCCUCAUCAAGGACUUCUUGGACGAGCAUUACGAUGUUCCCCAAAUAUCCAUGGCGAAUAACGUCAUACACAACAACGAAGGUUACGGCGUUGUCUUGGUGAAACCUACGAUUUUCUCUGACCUGCAAGAAAGUGCCCAGGAUGGAGCCGAAGAGAAUACAGCGCUUGAGCGUCAGACCAGCGGAGAGGCCGACGCGGGCGACACAGCGGAUCUGGAGGAGCUGAUCGGCUGUGUGGCCCGGCGGGUGGUGCCCGCCGUGGGCUCCGGCCUUGCCGAGCAGGUCGAAGGCAACUGUGAGAUCGUGAAUGAGCUGGUGGCCGCCUCCGCGCAGAAGGGCCAGCUCAGGAGGAAAAGGCUGAGUGAGCUGGGGAUCACGCAGGCGGACGACAACCUGAUGUCGCAGGAGAUGUUCGUCUCGAUCGUGGGGAACCAGUUCAGGUGGAAUGGGAAGGGCAGUUUUGGCACGUUUCUCUUCUGACCGCCGCGGCGUGGACAUACAGCAAGGAGCAAGGACUGCACGUGGCACACGCCGCCCGCCGGUCACCGCGGCGGCCACGGCACGCGUCCCGUCCCUGGCUUGUGUUCAGUACGUGCGAUCGGGGGUGAGCAAACUGGCUCCGUGCAGACAGGACACCCCCUCUUUAUCAAACGGUGAUAAAAACACAUGAAGUAGAAAGUACUCAGAGAUUUCUUACCUAGAAAGUCUGCUUUUUUGACUCGUAGUUCUCACAUGAUAAGCCUGUUAGUGGCUCUCGGGUGUACAGACACUUUGACCGAGCACGUCCGAGGGGGGCGGGAAGUGGAGGUGCAGAAGGAGGGUGCCAGCGCGCCAUCGGGGUCACACGGCCGUGUGCUUCUCGUCCUUCAUCCCCUGUGCUGCGGGUCUGAGUUCCGUGCUGCAUCUGCAUGAUACUUGUCUUAAAAUAAAAGCUUUUAUCGUGGGGGUGUUACCUGCCUAAUCAGACUUGUCGAGAAUCCGAGCAGGUGCGCCUUUGCUGAGCCGUGGAAUCGUCCGCACGGCGAUGGAUGGCACAGCGGGUUCGAAGCCCGUGAAGUGGGUCGUUCAGAGCCAGAGCGUGCGGGAGACCAUUCGCCCUGCAGCUGAGUGUGACGAUUCAAAAGGAGCCGCUCCCUUCGCCAGAACAGUGUUCCGAUCGAAUUUCUUACAGCCAACGAUAACCCGUGCUAACUGUAUCAGCUCUGUAUAUCAUAUGUAAAACACAGCUUUUAAAAAUAUUUAUAUUGGAAGUAUACGUGACAUUAAUAUGCCUACUGAUUAAAAUUAUACCGAUGAAGCAAUGAA